GCUUAUCGGUACAUCGCGUUAGAUGAAAGUUUUUUUUAUUACAAAUUGGAGUGAAAAAUAUAAUUACUUUAGAUGAGAAUGCAGUCUUUGCAACGAAUUUGGAAUAUGUACAUGGGGAAAAAAACGUCAAACAAAAGAUAUAUUCAUCUAAUUCCAAUGGUUGUUGAGCAAACGGGUAGAGGCGAGCGGGCUUACGAUAUUUUCUCACGGUUAUUAAAGGAACGUAUAGUAUGUGUAAUGGGUCCGAUACAUGAUGACCUAAGCUCUUUAGUUGUGGCCCAACUGUUAUUUCUACAAUCUGAAAAUUUUAACAAGCCAAUUCACAUGUACAUUAAUUCUCCUGGCGGAGUUGUAACUGCAGGACUGGCAAUUUAUGAUACAAUGCAGUAUGUAAAACCCCCAAUUUCAACAUGGUGUGUUGGUCAAGCAUGUUCUAUGGGUUCCUUACUGUUAACUGCAGGCACUACAGGGAUGAGAUAUUCGCUUCCUAAUGCGCGCAUUAUGAUACAUCAGCCUUCUGGAGGAGUUCAGGGACAAGCAACGGACAUACAAAUCCAGGCAGAAGAAAUUAUAAAGCUAAAAAAGCAAUUGAUAAAUAUAUACGUAAAASAUACGAAACAAUGCUACGAUAAGCUUCAACAGGAUAUGGAACGUGAUAACUUCAUGUCGCCAGAAGAGGCGAAAAUAAUGGGUUUAAUUGAUCAUGUUCUGGAACACCCUCCUCAAUCGGAGGCAGAUGGUGAUGUUAUGACCACAGUUAAACACUCAGAUGGGUAAACAUAGAUAAUAAGAAUUGUACACACUUAUUAAAGCCUUUUGAAGCGAUAAAACCAUUAUGAUAUAAUUUUUUCAUUGUA